AUGGACCGGCGAAGAGGCUACCACAUUGUCGGUUCUCACUCUGGAGUGAAGAUGUGUCGUUGGACUAAGAGCAUGCUGCGUGGUCGAGGAGGAUGCUACAAACACACAUUCUACGGCAUAGAGAGUCACCGCUGCAUGGAGACCACACCCAGCCUUGCAUGUGCCAACAAGUGUGUCUUCUGCUGGAGGCACCACUCUAAUCCAGUCGGUACAGAGUGGAAGUGGAAGAUGGAUGAUCCUCACAUGAUAGUGGAGGGUGCUCUAGAGAACCAUUACAAGAUGAUCAAACAGUUCAAAGGUCAAUCGCUAAUAGUGCACGCAUUGACUUAA